AGUCGUGCCUGCAUACGGAUGUUUUACGCGAUCGCAUGAUGUACGUGAAGACUGGGGACAGAUACUUGCAGAUACCUCAGAAUGAGGUUAUGUCGCGCAAAAAUUUUCCGCGAUCGAGGAUCGAGGACGUGAAGUUCGGCGAAUGUCGAUCGAGAAAGACAAUCGAUUCUUAUCUUAUCGAUGGAGCAUUGGAAUCGACACAGGAAUCCGCACUGGGAAUUGAUUAUACGAACGAGGCGGAUAGAUCAUGGAGGAUGGAGCGAAACUCGGAUCCGCGGAAGCCCGAAGCGUGGCGUACGUCGCAUAUAUUGGUUGGCGGAGUUCGCGCUUCAGAAAGCAAAGAGAAUGAUUUUUGAAAGUAUAAAGAACGUGGGCGAGAUAAAUACAGGCUGCAGCAACCCUUUCCCCUCUCCAUAUGAAUAAAAGCCAGACAGGAAACGGAGAUAAACUAAGAAGAGUUACAACAACGAAACAUAUAUAUGUACGUAAAAAUCAAAAUAU